AUGGCCGACAACAGUGGAGUCUUGAUGAUCAACAACAACAAUAAACCCAGAAAGAAAACGAAAGGAAAAUCAAAAGUUCCAAUGGAGUUAAUCCGCGAUCCAAAAUCUCGUUUUGUGUCCUUCUCCAAGAGAGAAAAGGGUCUGUUUAAGAAAUUGGAUUUCCUAUCGUCUUCUUUUCCUUCCGACAUCGAGAUGGUAGCCAUUGUGUUCUCACCUACGGGGAAACCCUUUUCUUUCGGCUGCCCGAGCACAGAAGCAAUUACCGCGUGUUUUCUUGGUCGUGACGACAAUUUUGUCGUGGGAGAAAGAGAGAUAAUACAGAAGAAGAAAAUCAAAGAAACUUUAACUUCAUCAAUGAUGACUUCUCCUCCUUUUUCUUUUAAAUACUAUCGAAUGUCGUUCCGCUUGCUGAUAAGCAUGUUGACGUGGAGAAGUUAA